AUGGGCGGCGUACCCUCAGUCCCGACGGACCCCAGCCGGACCAUCCAGGUCAUCGGCGCAGGGUACUCCCGCACCGGAACGGUGUCGAUGCAGAUGGCCCUGGAGAAGCUCCUGGACGGGCCCGUGAUGCACGGCGGCACGGCGCUGCUCGGCCGCGAAGACGCGUACUGCAAGAAGUGGCUGGAGGUGUACGAGGCGCACGCCGCGGGGGACAGGCCCAGGAAGCUCAAGGCGCUGCGCGAGGCGACGCGGGGCUUCGUCGGCAUCUGCGACCUGCCGGGCAACAACUUCAUCGAGGAGCUCGUCGAGCUGUACCCGGACGCCAAGGUCGUCGCCGUGCACCGCGACGCCGACAGGUGGUGGAAGAGCAUCGAGCUCAUCAUCAAGAACACGACGCCCAGGUGGCUCAAGUACUACCUCGCGCCCGUGCCCGGCUGGCGCCACUUCCCCAAGAUGGUCGAGUGGUUCACGUACAGAGGUGAAGAGAUCCUGACGACGGAAGUAGAGGGCGUAACAGAUCCGCAGAGUAGGUCUCCCGGCCCGGAUAUCCUUCCCGCAGAUAUCGGGAAGGACCUGUUGGCCGUCCACAACAGGUGGGUCGCCAGCUUCGUGCCGCCAGAGAAGUUCCUCCUCAUGGAGCUCAAGGACGGGUGGGAGCCGCUGUGCGAGUUCCUGGACAAGCCGGUGCCGGACGAGCCCUUCCCCAGGGCCAACGACGCCGCGGCGGUCGAGCAGACGGCCAAGGACAUCAUGACCAAGACGGCGCUGGUCUGGCUGGGCAUCUUUGCGACGACGGGCGCGGCGGGAUAUGCUGCAUUCAAGCUGUGGGAGGCGUAUUUGUGA